GCCAAUCACAGCACAGUAGGGCGGGACUUAACACCGUCUGAUUGGCUCUGGUUUUCAAGGUAGGUGGAGGGGUAGUGUAUCUCGUUACUAGGCAGCGGUAACGGUCACACUUUGCUUCCGUUAAAUUCAGCAUUAACGGACAAUAAUCGCACGUAAAAUGACAAAUGUAGUCAAAAAACGACGCGACCGAAGUGACGCAAACAUCGCAGCGAGCCAGCGGUUCGUUUACGGCACCAGAGGAACAUCGGCUUAAGCUACGACAGCUGUCGUAAAGCGACCCUCGCCUCCAUGGCGUCGUCAAGUGACGUCCGAGAGAAACCCCGGAAGAAACCACGCGCUUUGUUGGGCAGAAACAUAAAUGAGGACGACGUGCAGGCUCUGAGAGAGGAGAACCCUGGAGCUCCAAUGAAGGAAGCCCAAAGCAGUGAGGAGGAUCCAGGAGAGACGCUGAAGCGCACCUUCAGGGCUCAGAGACAGAGGCGCAAGAAAAGGCUGCUCGACCGAUCUUCAGCCCACGAGUCCCAUGAUGAUGAUGAUGAUGAUGAUGAUGGCGGUGGUGAUGGUGGUGGUGUGCAGGAGAUCUCCACUGUUCAGCACCACGGCGAGGACGAGGGACCGGCUGACCCUGUGGUUUUGUCAAGACCCCCGACUGGAUCUCAGAGCGGUCUCUCCUCAAGACUCCAGCAGACCCCCGACUCCCAUUUAGACAGCUUCGUGACGCGUCGCCUGGAAGAGAGACUGAGAGCGGCCAGGUCCAAAGGCGAGAGCUUCCAGCAGCAGGAGACGUCUCAGGAGCCGGCCAGCCGCCUGCAGAGCCUCCGGGACAGGGACACCGUGACGCGCUUUGACCGAGAGGUCGAUCCACAGAGACCUGGGAGGCAUGACGACCCCCUGGCCCUCGGCAGCAGGGUCAAGUUCAGAGAAGCAGCGAGACGGACAGAAGAGGGUCUGCCGACCGCCGAGGAGGCCUACAACUUCUUCACGCUCGACUUUGAGCCGGACCCGCGAGGCGGGGCUGAGAAGAAGGGCAAGGAAGGAGCCGGACGGGGACGGGCAGCUGAGGAGGACGGAGACGACAACGACGCAGCCGAGGAGCAGGAAGGAGCUGGAGGAGAUGUAGAUGAAAACGAAGACCAGAGCGAAGACGCUCCUCUCGUGCGAGACGAGGAGGACGAUUUAUUCGCCGUGGAACAAUCGUCCCGGGACUUCCUGGAAGUGAAGAAAGCGGAGUAUGUCGGGCACCGGGAGCGCGUUCAGCGGGAGAGCGAGCUCCUCUUCACGCCGAGUUUACGAACAGCGCCAACCUCCAUCAAACUGCCUAAAAACAUGCAGCCUCGCUAUCUGGAGGACGAGGGUCUGUAUGUCGGGGAGAGGCCUCCCGUGUCGCUGACCAACGAGAACAUCCUGGAGAACCGCUUUCUAAAGAUGGAGGAGGGAAAGAAGUGGUUCGGUGACGACGGCCGGAUCGUGGCUCUGCCCGACCCCAUAAAGGAAUCAUCCACGAGACCCCCCCUCUUCCACCUGGAGGAGGACCUGGAUCCUGCACUGCAGCCCGUGUACAGGAAGGCCCUGAAGUCCAAGAAUGCAAAUCUGUAUAUUGCUGGUGCAGCGGCCCCCGAGGGAGACUACCAGCUGGACGUCGACGUCUCUGGGCUGAUCUUCUCCCAUCACCCCCUCUUCAGUCGGGAGCAUGUCCUGGGGUCCCGUCUGGCCCAGCUGUAUGACCAGUACCUCACGAGGCAGGGCAACAAUCUCACGGGACACCUCACUGACAAGUUGAAUGGACUGAGGAGCGCACUGAGGAAUAUACUCGAGAUCCACGGCGGGGAGAGCCUCACUCAAGCCAUGCAGCAGAGGAUAUCUGAGUACAGCCUGGAGGUCAGGACCACUCGGCAGCUGCGAGACGGUGAGCAGGAGAAAGACAGGACUCUGCUGAAGAACAUCGUUAAGGUGUGGAAGGAGAUCAAGGCCCUGAGAGACUUUCAGAAGUUCACCAACACGCCCUUUAAGCUCUACCUCCGGAGGGAGAACGUGGACCAGGCGUCGGACGAGCGGGAGCACGAGAACCAAAUCCUGGCCGAGGUCAUGGAGACGGAGGCCGAGAUGGAGGAAGUCCACCAGAGAGAGCUGGCGGACUACAAGAAGCAUCUGGAGGAGUGGAAGCUGUGGAGAAGGAAGCAGAAAGCCAAAAAGAAGAAGAGAAAGAAGAAGAAGAAAGGCCCGUCACAGGACGACACGGAAGAAGACGAAGAUGAGGACCAGGAGGCGAGCCAAUCAGAAGGCCCCGUUGAGGAAGGCCCCCCGAAGCCGGACCCUCCGGAGAGGCCCGACAUUGACUCGGUGGAGCAGCGGGUCAGAGAGAAAGCCUCCAGGAUACGCAGGAAGCCCGGCGAGUCCAUCCUGGUCCCCGAGCUGUCCGCGGCCGGCAACGUCACCGCGUCUGAACUCUGCCCGAGGCCCGAGAUCGCUCGUCGGGAGGACGUGUCGCGGCGCUCCCUCUUCGCCAAGAUCCUGUACAACAACAAGGAAGUGUCCCGGACCGACGGCCGCGCCCUGAACGCCGACUUCAGGGUGCACUUCGGCCAGAUCUUCAAUCUCAAGAUACUCAACUGCCCCCAAAGCAUCAAUCUGCAGGUGUUUGAGGAGGUGGGCUCGUCCUGCUCCCUCCUGGCCCAGGUGUUCGUCCCGGUUCCAGAACCCUCCGUGGUGACGGGCAUCGUCCCCGUUGAGGAGUACGAGUUCAGCAGCAACCAGAGAGUGAUGUUCGACCACGAGGGCGUCGGCAGCGACGUGCCGCUCUCCUUUGAGGCCGACGGCGGCAACAAGCAGACGCUGCUGACCUCCGGGAAGCUGUCGUGCUGCGUGUGCUGGGGGUCCGAGGAGGACGGCGUCCCACUCGCCCCGCCGGCGUCUCAACAUCCGGGCGGCAAACACAGCGGCCCGGGCCGCCUCGACGCCGUCACGUACAUCGGAGCGUCCGGACUGUACGACAUGAAGAAAAUCGGCGAGUGGGCCACGCGGUCGCGACUGGACCCCAACGAUCCAAAGAAUGCCUCCAUCAUGCAGCUGCUGAAAGUGGCCAGCAGUGGGGAGGUGACGGCUCCAGACUACUUCCGCCUGGAGCAGCUGCAGGAGGAGUUUAACUUCGUGAGCGACGCCGAGCUGGAGCGGUCCAAACGGUUCCGCCUGCUCCGCCUCCGCCAACAGGAAGUGGCAGAGUUUCGUAAUUACAAGUGUGUUCCCGCGCUGGAGAGGGAGGUCACCGACAAGGCGUUCCAGGAAUACGAGAAGAGGCUGAAAGAAGGAGAGCUCGUCGACACCAAAGAACAUCUGGAUUCACACAGAGCCCUGGUGUCCAAAUACCUUCAGAAGAUCCGAGAGUCGGUCAUCAACAGAUUCGUACUGGCCAAGCACCACUACCUUCUGUCUGACCUGGUGAUAGAAGAGGAGAUACCGAGCAUCGGGAUUCUGGGAAUGAACCUUUUCAAGCUGACUGAACCCAAGCGGCCGCUCAAGCCUCAGAGGAAAGAGAGGAAGAAGGUGACGGCUCAGAAUCUGUCCGACGGAGACAUCAAGCUGCUGAUCAACAUCAUGAGGGCCUACGACAUCCCCGUCCGCCGGCCGCAGAGCAAUAAACCGGGACAGUCUCAGAGUGCCGUCCAGGGCAGCGAUUGGCUCAUCAGCCAGGUACAAGUGAGGCCCUUUGUGGAGGUCUCCUUCCAGCGCACGGUGCUUCAGACCACCACGGCUGACGGGCCGAACCCCUGCUGGAACGAGCAGCUGCAGCUACCGUUUAGUGCCCCAAACGGCGACUACAGCGCCGCUGUCCUGCAGUCAGUCAAAGACGAAGUCUUCAUCAACAUAUUCGACGAGGUGGUUCAUGAAACCGGAGUGAAUGACAAAGACCGAGGGAAGUCGAUACACACCCGCGUGGAGAAGCACUGGCUGGGCUCCGUCAAGAUCCCGUUCAGCACCAUCUACUCCCAGUCCAAGAUCGACGGAACAUUCAAGGUGAAUACGCCGGCGGUGCUGCUGGGUUACAGCAAGGAGCGGAGCCACGGCGCCAACGGGGGUUACGACACCCUGCGGACCCUGAGCGAGGGGGCCUUCGUCACGCUCUUCAUCACCAUUGAACCUCAGCUGGUGCCCGGGGAGUCGGUGAGGGAGAAGAUUAAGGAACUGAAGUUUGACAGCCAGGAGGAGGAGCGCCUCCUGCAGGCCGCUGAGCGGUUCGAGCGCGACGCGGCGCGCGGCCACCCGGACCGGCCCUGCGUCGCCACCGUCAUCGACCUCAACGGGAAGACGGUCUUCGUCACGCGGUACAUUCGACCUCUCAACCCGCCGCAGGAGCUGCUGGACGCGUCCCCCGACGACUCCCAGGACGCGGCGGCCCUGGUUGCCAGGUUUGUGUCGCUCAUCCCCUCUCUGCCCGACAGGGUUUCCUUCUCCGGUGCCUGCGACCUGUGGAGCACCUGUGACCAAUUCCUCACCCUCCUGGCGGGAGACGAAGAAGAACACGCCGUGCUCUUGUGCAACUACUUCCUGUCUAUGGGCAAGAAAGCCUGGCUUACAAUUGGCACGGCCAUACCAGAGGGCCCCACGGCGUACGUCCUGACCUUCGAGCAGGGCCGCUACCUCAUCUGGAAUCCCAGCAGCGGUCAGUUCUACGGUCAGUACGACACCUUCUGCCCGCUGCAGACGGUCGGCUGCCUGGUCGCCGCCGACAACGUUUGGUUCAACGUGCAAGAAUACGCGUCGCCGAUGACGAUGAGUUUCGACACCACAAAAGCCAACUUGUGGAAGCCGUUUUUCUCCCGCUCCUUCUCGCACCCCGGGCUGUCGAGUGUACAACCAGAGCAGCUGGUGUAUCGGCGCGCAGACAAAGUCGCCGCAGCAGAGCUCCAGGACAGGAUCGAGAAGAUCCUGAAGGAGAAGAUCAUGGAGUGGCGCCCUCGUCACCCGACCCGCUGGAACCGCUACUGCACCACCACCCUGAAACAGUUCCUGCCCAAACUGGAGCAGAGCGGGGGGCGGGACGUGUCCGAGGGGCACCGCCACGAGCUGCAGGGCAUGCUGGGAGACAACCGGAUUUCAGGAUUCCCCCUGCAUCUGCCGUUCUCUGAGAUCCGGCCCAUCGUGGAGGCGGUGCACAGCACCGGAGUGCACAACGCCCACGCAUCCAACGUGGAGUUCGCCCUGGCCGUGUACGUGCACCCCUACCCCAACAACGUGCUCUCCGUGUGGGUGUACCUCGCCUCGCUCGUGCGCUCAUGAGACGCUCGUCUCACUGUGGAGUUUUUAUAUAAAUGAGCUUUUAUUUAAAAUGAUGUCUUUACACACUUUUACCACACUGUUUUAUAUUUAAAGGAUAUAAUGUAUAUCAUAUCUUUGUAAGACAGAGUUACCAGUUUGAUAUCUGUACUACCAAUAACCCUGCAUUAAAUCCCACUUUUAUGAAUAAUG